AUGAACAACUGUGACAAUGAUGCCAAGGAUCUUAUUAAGCUGACGUAUGACAAGCUGUCUUCUGAUGCAGUUUCAGAGUCUGUGGUAUGCCCAUCAUGUGGGGCAAUAUCCAUGUUCAUUGGGACAACACGAAACAACUUUGAAGGAAAGAAGGUGGUUCAAUUGGAAUACGAAGCAUAUAUUCCAAUGGCGGAAGCACAGCUCAAGAAAAUAUUCAGUGACAUAAGAAAGACAUGGCCAUCUGUGAGGCACAUUUGUGUUCAUCAUAGACUGGGGGUGGUGCCAGUUAUGGAAGCCAGUGUCAUCAUAGGCAUCUCUUCAACACACAGGAGUGAAUCUCUUGAGGCAGUGAAAUACUGCAUUGAUGCAUUAAAAGCAGCUGUACCAAUAUGGAAAAAAGAGAUCUAUGAAACAGAGGGUUCCUCUUGGAAGGAGAACAAGGAGUGUCUUUGGGGAAGAAAUGAAGUAAAGUAGCAAUGGACUAUGGACAAUAGGACUUUCAAGAAGUGGAAGAUUGCUUCCUCCACUGAAUUAUUCGAGACAUUCUUUAUAAAAUUCAGUGCUACAGAUAGCCUAUUUAGUUACGCAGGAUGAUGCUGAAAUGAUUUAUGAUAAAUAUGCCAAAGACUAUAUUUUCUCUCUGAAUAUGAGAUAUGAUAUGCAGAUUAAAAAGUCUUUUACACCAAUGUUUUCCUUUAGAGAAAAUAACAAUAAUAAUAAUAAAUAUGGUAACAUGAACAAAAUUAUGGUAAUGCAUGAUGCUAUUAAAGAUUAAGUCUUUGUGAAUACUUUUUUCCAGAAUGAACAAUACUUUAGUGGUGUCUGAAUAGUGCUUUUUUGGAGAAGUUCUCUGUAAUGAAGUUGAAGGAUAUUUAAAUUAAAUUAAAUAUUUAAUUUAGCUGAA